AUAGCAAUUCAGAGAGUUUAGAAAAACAUACAACUUGAAUUUUGUAACUCAAUAUAUCUUCCACAGACAAGAAAGAUGAAGGGAAUCAUUAUUUCAGCAAUUGCAGUAUUGGCCAUGAUUCAGUUCAUGGUUGAGCCAGGGCAGGCUCUUACUUGUGGUCAAGUGGAUGCUUCUUUAGCACCUUGUAUCCCUUACCUUACUCAGGGUGGUGAUCCAAAUGCAGCUUGCUGUAAUGGUGUGAAGGCGUUAGAAGGUAUGGCUCAAAACACUGCUGACAAGACGGCUGCAUGUAAUUGUGUCAAGGCUGCUGCCAACAGGUAUGCAAAUUUGAAGGAAGACGCUGCCCAGGCUCUCCCUACCAAGUGUGGUGUAACAUUGGACAUUACUGUUUCUAAGACCGUCAACUGUGACCUGAUCAACUGAUAUUUAGGUCAUUGAUGAUGACAGUGUAGAAGAAAUAAAGAGAGGAAGACUCACCGACUUCAUAUUUUGUUCUAUCUUUUUUCAAAUAAUAGUCCAAGUGAUAAAAGAACUACUGCUUGUAAUGAUCAAAUUAAAGCCUUACCAAACUUGAUAGCUUGUAGCAUUUCAGCACUUCCAAAUUUAAUGAACGACGAUAUAGACAUUUU